GCCCUCACCUCGCUUUCCAUUUGGAGCUCUGACCUCUGUCUAAGAAACUCCGACUUUAGCGUUCCCAGGGAGGGAUUAUUCAUCCGUGGAAACCAGGCAUGAAUGCACUGUACCUGGGCCUUGGUCUGGGCCUCGCUUUGCUUUUGACAUCUAAAGGAGAGGAGGAGGUAACCUGUGACCCCAACAUUCACAUCACUGGAGGGUGGGUCAUCAAGUCCAAAGGCAAUAAUGUGACGAGUGUGGCAACGUUCCAGUGUCCAGAUUGGCAUUAUCCCUGGCCAAUGUCCACUUCGAAGUGUUUUAACAAUGGCAGAUGGAGAUUCUACAACAAAAGAACAUUCACCUGUAAAGAGUUCGAAUGUCCAGCUCCUGUACUCGAAGAUGGAACUGUCUACCCCGGGAACUUGUCCUUUGCGCAUGGACAGACCGUUUCAUUCGACUGUUACGAUGGGUACAUUCUCAAAGGUUCACAGAAGAGAACGUGCAUGAAGAACGGUCGUUGGAAUGGGACCAAUGCUGUCUGUACCACGGGAUUGCAAGAUUGCCCUCAUCCGGGGAUCCCCGCGGGCGGCGGGAAAUCUGGGACGAGGUACAACAUUGGAGACAAGGUCCAGUACUAUUGCAAUGACAAGCUGGUGCUGGUGGGAUCGACCACUAGGGAGUGCCUGGAGUCGGGCGAGUGGAGUGGUAUGGCGCCCAUCUGUCUUCACCCGAAAUCCUUCGACAUGCCUGAAGAAGUAGCAGAGGCUUUCUCAGCCUCCCUGACCAGCACCCUGAGCGUAAGCCGCGGUGACAGCUCGAAGGCUUCAGACCGCUCCACAGCCCGCAGAAUAACCAUCAGCAAAGACGCACACCUCCAUGUCUACUUCAUGAUUGAUGCAUCACGGAGCGUGGGUGAAGUAAACUUCAAUUUGUCCAUGGACAUGGUGAAGAACCUUAUUGACAAGAUCUCCAGCUUUGACGUAAGACCGCGGUUCGGCGUGGUCACCUACGCAUCCUAUCCCAUCAGGGUGGUGAACCUGAACGAAGAAGAGCGAUCCGGAUCGGAGGAUGUCCUCCGUAUAUUGGAUACUGAUAAAAAUGCCUUGUACGCAGCUCACAAGGACCUGAGGGGCACCAACAUCCACGCGGCACUGCAUGAGGUUUAUAAAAUGAUGCUGUUCUCAAAGCAACAUUUUAAAAGCACGUGGAAGGACAUUAGAUUUGCCACAAUUUUAUUCACUGACGGAAGAAGGAACAUGGGCCCGGAACCACAUCUCGCUGCAGAGGAAAUCAAGAAAUUUGUGGAACAAGAAAGGAAGUCAGAGGAUUACCUGGACAUGUAUGCGUUUGGCGUCUCUGAUCAAGUGGACAUUUUGGAGCUGAGUAAACUCGCAUCAAAGAAAAGCGAUGAGAGGCAUAGCUUCAACGUGAAGAACAUCAGCGUUUUGGUGCAGUCCUUUGACGACAUAUUAGAUUUUUCUACACUUGGCAAUCUGUGUGGAGUGGCCGAUGAGAACCCCCAGGCCACCUUUCGGAAAAGGCAUCCGUGGCACGUUAACAUAGAGAUCCCGCAAAUAUACGCACAGGAUAAUACACCGCACUCUGCCACGUGCAGUGGUUCCAUCGUGGCUCCCAAGUGGAUCCUGACUGCAGCGCACUGUUUCAUCAAGAUAGAGUCCCUGGACAGCAUUCAGAAGAUCCAAGUCGUUGUUGGUGAAAACCAAUUGACCAAAGUGAAAGAUCUGCACAUUCACCCACAGUUUUCGAUCGCAGCCAAAGUAGACAUGAACAUCUCGCAGUUUUACGAUUACGACAUUGCCUUGAUUGAACUGGAGAAACCUUUAACCUAUUCGAAGGUUGUCAGGUCCAUCUGCUUGCCAUGCACACCGGAGACGACGCGCGCCUUGCGCAAGCCUCACCCCAAGACCAAAUGUAUUGAUCACGAGAGGCUGCUCCUUCCCACUGACCAGCAAGUUCAUGCUAGUUUUGUGAAGCGGAACCGAGCAACAACCAGGGAAGAGACGGAAGGACACGUGACGGUCAAAACUAUCGAAGGGCCACGGUUAGCUUGCGAGAGGAAAGCACUGGAGUCUCCGGAAUAUCGGCAUGUGAAAGAUGUGAGGGAAGUGGUCACCGACAGAUUCCUCUGCACAGGGGGAAAUGACCCCAAUCAAGAGGACAACACAUGCUAUGGUGACUCGGGAGGGUCGCUGUUCAUCAACAAGAUGAGACGGUUCUUCCAGGCAGGUGUGGUGAGCUGGGGAUCGAUAAACGUGUGUACAGACUUCAAUCCUGACAGGAACAGUGCCCGCGAUUUCCACAUCAACCUGUUCAAGGUGCAGCCGUGGCUCAGGCAGUCGCUUCAGGGGACACUGGUGUUUAUCAAUUAGGAGGAGGAACGCAAUGAGCUCACCGAUCGAGUGCUCUUUCCCCGCCCUUGAUCUCCCUUUCUCGCUGAUGAAAGUCAGAGAGACACAACAUCAUGAACCAGGCCCUUUGGCCCAUCUACUCUGUGCCAGACUAUUAAUCUGCCUCGUCCCAUCGACCAGCACCUGGACCAUUGCCCUCCAUACCCCUUCCAUUCCUGUACCCAUCCAAAUUGUUCGUCAACGUUGAAAUCGAACCCGCAUCUGUCUGUGCUGGUAGCUCAUUCCACACUCCCACCAUCCUCAGAGUGAAGAGCGUCCCCCUCAUGUUCCCAUGAAAUAUUUUACCUUUCACCCUUCACCCAUGACCUCUAGUUCGAGUCUUACCCAACCCCAGUGAAAAAGCCUGCCUGCAUUCGCACCCGUAAAUUUGUUAUGAGAAGGAGCCCUUCGCCUUCCUCCAGAAUCUAAAUCUGAACGUGAACCAUAACGAGAAUCAGGUUUAUAUCACUGACAUGUAUCUUCCAAUGGAGGGUUAUGUUGGAGCGAAAAGUUAGGUUGCUCUCAGUGUAGGUGAGAAGGUCGGACCGACUUCGUUCUACGAUCUAUGAAAUUUAUGGUUUUCCAGAUGCACUGCAGUACAGUAUAAUCAUGAACAAUUCUGUAAGUUACAACAAUAAUUAUUUAAAGUAAAUAUUCCUUAAAAUAAAUAAUGCACAGAGAGAAAGAUUAAAAUAAUGAGUGAGUUCCAGUCAAUGGUCUCGGCCUGAAACAUCGUCAGUUUAUUCCUCUCCAGAGAUGAUGUCUAAUCUGUUGAGUUCCUCCAGUAUGUUCUAUGCGUUGCUCUAGAUUUCCAGCGCCUGCAGAUUUGCAGUACAGGCCAUUCAGCCCGCACUGUUGAGCCGAACUUUUAAACUACUCUCAGGUCAACCUUCGUCAAGCGCCCUCGCUCGGUCCUUUCGGUGACGAGGAACCGCAGUGUAGGAAAACCCGGAGUAAAGCACGAGCCACUGGAUGAAACAAUAAAUGGUGUCGGGCCAAAGCGUCCUGUCUUUAUU